CCCACUGAACUCCAGAAGGACUUUGCACUGACAUAAGUUCUGCAGAAAGUCUGAAACUCAGCAUGCGAGUGGCCAUAAUUGGAGCAGGAGUCAUCGGGCUGUCCACGGCUCAGAGCAUAUAUGAACACUAUCACUCCGCCAUUCACCCUCUGACCAUUGAGGUGUAUGCUGACCGUUUCACUCCACUGACCACUAGUGAUGGAGCUGCUGGCUUCUGGCAGCCAUACCUUUAUGAUGAUGGGAAAGUUGAAGAAACUAAGUGGAAUAAAGAGACAUUCGACUAUUUGCUGAAUUUCAUCAAGUCCCCUGAAAGUGUAAAGAUGGGCAUAUUUCUUCAAUCUGGUUACAAUGUGUGCAGUGAGCCAGUACCUGAUCCAUCUUUCAAAGAUAUUGUGUUGGGUUUUAGAGAGCUCACAGAGCGUGAGAUGCAGAUGUUUCCUGGAUACAAACAUGGAUGGUUUAACACUGCGUUGAUGGUUGAGGGCAAAAGCUAUCUACCUUGGCUCAUGGAUUGGCUGGAAGAGAGAGGUGUGAAGUUUCAUCACAGAAAAAUUGAAUCAUUUAAAGACCUAUCAGAAGCUGGAGCUGAUGUUAUUAUCAAUUGCACUGGAGUGAGAUCUGGUGAACUCCAGCCUGACCCUGAGCUUAAACCUGGCCGUGGGCAGAUAAUAAAGGUCGACGCUCCGUGGCUUAAGCACUGGAUUAUCACACAUAACAUUGACAUAGGGGUAUACAACUCACCCUACAUCAUUCCAGGAAGUCGACUUGUCACUGUGGGUGGUGUGUUUCAGUUGGGAAACUGGAGUGAGAAGAAUAACUCCAGUGAUCACAAAAACAUUUGGGAAGCAGCAUGCCGGCUUGAACCUAGUCUUAAACAUGCAAAAAUAGUUGAUGAUUGGUCUGGCCUUAGACCGUACCGCAGCAAGGUGAGGCUGGAGAGAGAAUCUGUGCAGUGUGGUCCGUCUAAAGUAGAGGUAAUACACAAUUACGGGCAUGGAGGAUUUGGAUUGACCAUUCAUCGGGGUUGUGCCGAGGAGGCUGCCAGAUUGUUUGGACAGAUUGUUGAAGAAAAAAAGACCCUGAAAGCUCGUCUAUAA